AUGGCGAUGGCGGUGGCGAAUCACCAUGAGAGUGGUGACAAUAUAAAUCGGCAUUUGGAUAGUAGCGGCAAGUAUGUAAGGUACACGGCGGAGCAAGUGGAGGCUCUCGAGCGUGUUUACUCAGAGUGUCCUAAACCCACUUCCCUUCGUCGUCAACAGCUGAUCAGAGAAUGCUCCAUUUUGGCCCAUAUCGAGCCCAAGCAGAUCAAAGUCUGGUUUCAGAACAGAAGGUGUCGAGAUAAACAGAGGAAAGAGGCAUCGAGGCUGCAAAGUGUAAACCGGAAACUUUCAGCGAUGAAUAAGCUGUUGAUGGAGGAGAAUGAUAGGCUUCAAAAGCAGGUUUCUCAUCUUGUUUGUGAAAAUGGAUAUAUGAAGCAGCAGCUGACCACUGUGGUGAAUGAUGCUAGCUGCGAUUCAGUGGACACAAAUCCUCAGCCUGCUCUUAGAGAUGCAAACAGUCAUGCAGGGUUGCUGGCGAUUGCAGAGGAGACCUUGACAGAGUUCCUUUCAAAGGCUACAGGAACUGCUGUUGAUUGGGUCCAGAUGCCUGGGAUGAAGCCUGGUCCGGAUUCGGUUGGCAUUUUCGCCAUUUCACAAAGAUGCAAUGGCGUGGCAGCUCGAGCGUGUGGUCUUGUUAGUUUAGAACCUAUGAAGAUUGUUGAGAUACUUAAAGAUCGACCGUCUUGGUUCCGUGACUGUCGUAGCCUGGAAGUGUUCACAAUGUUCCCUGCUGGUAAUGGUGGAACGAUUGAGCUCGUUUACAUGCAGACAUAUGCACCGACGACUCUGGCUCCUGCUCGUGACUUCUGGACGCUGAGAUACACUACAAGCCUUGACAAUGGCAGUUUUGUGGUUUGUGAGAGGUCUCUUUCCGGUUCUGGAGCUGGUCCUAAUGCUUCUUCCGCUGCUCAGUUUGUGAGAGCAGAGAUGCUUCCUAGUGGCUAUUUAAUAAGGCCUUGUGAUGGUGGUGGCUCCAUAAUUCACAUUGUUGAUCACAUUAAUCUCGAGGGUUGGAGUGUACCAGACGUGCUGCGACCUCUUUAUGAAUCAUCCAAAGUAGUUGCACAGAAAAUGACAAUUGCUGCGUUGCGAUAUAUCAGGCAAAUAGCGCAUGAGACGAAUGGUGAAGUUGUAUACGGAUUGGGAAGACAACCUGCAGUUUUGAGAACUUAUAGCCAAAGAUUGAGCAGAGGUUUUAAUGAUGCGGUUAAUGGGUUUAAUGACGACGGUUGGUCUAUAAUGCAUUGUAAUGGAGCAGAAGACAUAAUUGUUGCUGUUAACUCUACAAAGCACUUGAAUAGUAUCUCUGAUUCCCUCUCUUUUCUUGGAGGUGUCCUCUGUGCCAAGGCUUCAAUGCUUCUUCAAAAUGUUCCUCCUGCGGUUCUGGUUCGGUUUCUAAGGGAGCAUCGGUCUGAGUGGGCUGAUUUCAAUGUUGAUGCAUACUCUGCUGCCACACUGAAAGCUGGUGCCUUUGCUUAUCCGGGAAUGAGGCCUACAAGGUUCACCGGAAGCCAAGUCAUAAUGCCGUUAGGGCAUACAAUCGAGAACGAAGAAAUGCUUGAGGUUGUUAGAUUAGAAGGCCAUUCUCUUGUCCAAGAAGACGCAUUCGUCUCUCGGGACGUACAUCUUCUACAGAUUUGUACCGGGAUUGAUGAAAAUGCUAUUGGAGCUUGUUCAGAGCUAAUCUUUGCUCCGAUCAAUGAGAUGUUUCCGGAUGAUGCUCCACUUGUUCCUUCUGGUUUCCGCGUUAUACCUGUCGAUACCAAAACAGGGGAUGCUCAGGACUUGUUGACUGCUGCUAACCACCGGACGUUAGACUUAACCUCCAGCCUUGACGUAGGUUCGGCAGCAGAGAAUGGCUCUAACGCGAGCUCGCGGUGUAUACUCACAAUCGCGUUUCAGUUCCCUUUUGAGAACAACUUGCAAGAGAAUGUUGCCAAUAUGGCAUGCCAGUAUGUGCGGAGCGUGAUUUCCUCUGUUCAGAGGGUUGCUAUGGCGGUCUCACCGUCAGGUUUAAACACGGUUUCCUGUUCCAAGUUGUCUCCGGGAUCCCCUGAAGCUGUUACUCUUGCACUGUGGAUAUGCCAAAGUUACAAUCACCAUUUAGGCUCUGAUUUGCUGAGGACAGAUUCACUUGGAGGUGAUUCUCUAUUAAGACAGCUAUGGGAUCAUCAAGAUGCUAUCUUGUGUUGCUCUUUGAAGCCACAGCCAGUGUUCAUGUUUGCGAACCAAGCGGGUCUAGACAUGUUGGAGACAACGCUCGUCGCAUUACAGGACAUCACAUUGGAGAAGAUCUUUGACGAGUCAGGUCGUAAAGCCCUCUGUCCAGAUUUUGCUAAGCUAAUGCAACAGGGAUUUGCUUGUUUACCAUCUGGAAUCUGUGUGUCGACAAUGGGGAGACAUGUUUCGUACGAGCAAGCUGUUUCAUGGAAAGUGUUUGCUGACUCUGAAGACAACAAUCUUCAUUGUCUUGCUUUCUUGUUUGUAAACUGGUCUUUUCUCUGA